AUGCCACCGAAGACCAGAGCACCACUUCCACCUGGCAAUGCGCAGAAGGGGGAGAAGAUCUUUAAGGGUCGUGCGGCGCAGUGCCACACCGGAGCAAAAGGAGGUGCCAAUGGCGUGGGGCCCAACCUUCACGCGAUCGUCGGUCGAAAAUCCGGCACAGUGGAUGGUUUUGUGUACAGCAAGGCAAACCAGGAUUCCGGUGUGAUCUGGACACCGGAGGUGUUGGAUGUAUACCUUGAGAACCCGAAGAAGUUCAUGCCAGGAACCAAAAUGGCGUUUGCCGGCAUCAAGAAGCCGCAGGAUCGUGCCGACCUUAUUGCUUACCUCGAGUCGCUGAAAUAG